AUGCCUGCACCUCCCUUAGAUGGUAUCCGUGUCGUUGAGCUGGCCGGGUUAGCUCCAGGGCCUUUUGCUGGCCUCCUCCUCGCCGACUAUGGCGCCUCCGUCCUACGCAUUGAUCGACCCUCCGCUGCAAGCGGCGAUCAACUCACUCGCCGCAAGACUUCAAUCACCCUCGACCUGCGUGAUGCCAAGUCCCGGGAUGUUUUGCUACGGAUCCUGACGGCCACCGACGUCCUCAUCGAUCCAUUCCGCCCCGGUGUUCUCGAGCGUCUUGGCCUUUCCCCAACAGACGUUCUCCUCAAACAUAACCCAAGGCUUAUCGUUGCACGAAUGACCGGGUUCCGACGAGAUGGGAAGUACAAGGAUAUGGCAGGCCACGACAUCAACUACAUUGCUGUCUCAGGGGUGUUGUCCAUGCUGGGGCGUGCAGGAGAUAAGCCUUAUGCCCCCGGAAAUAUCCUUGGUGAUUUCGCCGGCGGUGGUGCCAUUUGCUUCCUAGGAAUCAUCUUGGCUUUGAUCGCACGCACCAAUACGGGUCGUGGACAGAUUGUGGAGGCCAAUAUGGUCGACGGAUCCGCCUAUCUCGCAACAUUUCCUAGGCUGGCAACUAAAGGACCGGCAUGGGAUGCGCCGAGAGGCGAAAAUCUGCUGGACAGCGGCUGUCCAUACUAUGAUACCUACGAGACCAAAGACACUGGGAAAUACUUCGCCGUCGGCGCUCUGGAGCCACAAUUUUACGCAGCUCUGCUUCGUGGUUUGGGGCUCGACACGAAGAGUAUGCCGGCACGUGAAGACCGCGAUAAUUGGCCAGCCCUACGUAAGAUAUUUACGCGACGCUUCAAAGAGAAGACCCGCGCCGAAUGGGAGGCUGUCUUUGACGGUACCGAUGCUUGCGCCACGCCCGUGCUGGAGCAGAGCGAGUUAGAAUCCGCGGGGUACGAACAGCGUCCCGCUGUGCACUUGUCCCACACACCCAGCCACCCCAUUCAGCCCGACGAGGGCGGUUGGACUGGCGGGGGCCUAAUGCCCGGCGACGGGGGCGUGGAGACGCUCCGAUCGUGGAUGGGCUGGGAGCCCAAUAAGGAUUUCCAAGUUCGGGAAGACGGCGCACUUGUUUCGAUGGACGGCAGAGCGAAGCUGUGA